UUAUCGACAAAGUUAAUUCCAAGGUACAGUUAAAGUGAUCGUUGAAUCAUGUUAAAUCAUUACCUGAACCACGAGGUGUAGACAAUCCAAUGCCGUUAUACAUUGUUUCGAAGGAAAGUGUUUGAUCGCCAAGCGGCUCAUUUUUGGCAGCUUUGAGUUUUAUGUAAAAGGCCGUCACGGUUCAUUUCCUACCAAGUCAAGAGAGAAACCAUCUAACAGGAGCCGUUUACCAUGUCCUCGUUUACCGCCCCACUUGUUCACGACACAGAAAUCAUACAACUUCUGAAAAACAAGACAAAAGUUCCAAAGAAAGAUUAUGUCAUUAUCGACGUGCGAGAUCAUGACUUUGCGGGUGGCAAUAUUCCUGGAGCUGUUAACGUUCCAUCCCGAUACUUCCUAGAAGAUGUCCAAAAGCUUAUUGAAGACUAUAAAGAUGUCCCCCAGGUCUAUUUUCACUGUGCACUGUCACAAGCCCGAGGACCAAAGGCCGCCCGCAUAUAUAAGGAAUCAAGACAUUUACAAGGAAUCAAGUCUGAUCAACAGGUAUCGGUCCUCCAAGGAGGGUUUGAGCAGUGGUACCUUAAGCAUCGAAACGACCCUUCAUUGAUAGAAAACCAUGAUCCUGAUGCAUUGAAGGGACUUCUGUUUGAGCAUGGUAUUGAAGAAUAACGUAUUGUGUAGGAGGAGGUUUAUGAAGCCAUUGUAUCUAGCGAUUUAGCACCAAACAUGAUAUUUACAGCAUCGUAUUUGAAACAUAAUUAAAGAAUGUAAUUUUUUAAAAAAGAAAAAUGGUCGAUGGUCUUUAUGUGAAUCUAGUAGUGAGCAGCUUUGGAGCUUAUUUCUUCUUCUUGCUACUGCUGUUCUUUAUUUUUCGUUUCUUCUCUGCUUUUGGAAGCUUGUGCUUUCGCUUUUCUCUU